AUGAGUUCUUCCAUGGACAGCGUACCCGGCUCGUCGAGCUACAUUCGUCACUCGGCGCCGUUUUACGUCUCCGGCUCGACAGGCACCUCGACUCGAAACCGCAUCAACGCCAGCCUAGGCAAGCAGCAUUUCUCGCUCGCCGAGGCCUCACCCUCCUCUUCCUCAAGCAGGGCCCUUUUCGACGCGGUACCGCGCAAUGCAGAAUUCGAUUCACUCAAGCCCAUCCUCGCUCGCCUUCCACUCGAGUUCGACGAUGAUGACGACGACGACGAUUCGGAAGAGGCGGCCAGCGAGCUUGACUAUGUAGUCAAGAGCGGCACCAAUGUGCUCUACACCCGUUCCCGGCUCCCCUUUCUCGACUCGACCAGCAUCGAUCUCUGGCGCGCUCUACACCACUUUCGCCCCCUAACGGCCGACUAUGCAUCGGGCUACCUUGACUCCGCACCUCACCCUCUUACUACUAGCUCCUCGUUGGACUCUUGCCCAGCAUUCCUCUCCGCCUCCACCCGCGCGCUCUCGCACCUGCGCACCUCUUUCAACUGGUCCCUCCUCCCCGCCUUGCCGUCCUCUUCGAAGCAGAGCUGGUACGGCGUACUCUUUCUCUCACAGCGCAAACUCGGCUCGGAAUCCAGCUCGUUCUACGAAGCGGACCGGUUGGCGCACGAGGAAGCGACAAGAUCGGGCGGCCUGAUCAUGUACUGGUACGGCGCACCGAAUGCGAGCACAGGCGCCAAUCUUGCCACGUGCAUUUGGACCAGUAGGACAGCCGCACUGCAGGCGUCCAAGCUACCGCUGCACCACAAGGCAGCAAGGUUCGCUGCGCCGAGCUACGAGAGGUACGAUUUGAUCCGGUACAAGGUCGUCAAGUAUGCUAGGGAGUCGAGGGUGAGAAUCGAAGCGUGGACCGCGGAGGACGAUCGCGUUGAGCAAGAGGAGUUGUAG